AUGCACCUCUCCGUCUUUUUUAGACUAUACACAGCGAUGCUGUCUCAGAUUGCCAGUUUGAUGAUUGUCUCUGGAAUAAUCUUUAUCGCUCUUUUCACUGUUGUGUUCUUCGUUCUGCGAAAAUGGCUGAGGCGGACGUCAAAGGUAUUUGUGGAUGAAAAUGGAAAGAAGAGACCAUCUUUAGCAUUCUUUCACCCGUACUGUAAUGCUGGAGGUGGUGGAGAACGUGUACUGUGGGUGGCUAUUCGAGCUGUGCAGAGAAGGUAUCCCAGCAUUCAGUGCGUGGUAUACACUGGAGACACAGAUGCUACACCUGAGGAAAUUAUCACCAGAGCUCGGCAGAGAUUCAAUAUAAUCAUCCCUGGGAGAGUCGAAUUUGUCUACCUCAAGAACCGAGCAUGGGUGGAAGCUGUCAAAUACCCUUACUUCACACUGCUGGGACAGAGCGUAGGAUCCGUCUUCUUGGGAUUGGAAGCACUGUUUGCUUUCGUGCCUGACAUUUACAUAGAUACAAUGGGAUACGCUUUCACACUUCCACUUUUCAAGUACCUGGGUGGAUGUCCAGUAGCCUGUUAUGUUCAUUACCCUACAAUUUCUACGGAUAUGUUGAGCAGGGUGUCUCAACGAGUUGAAUCCCACAACAAUGCUACGUUUAUCUCCAGAAGCCCAUUCCUCAGCGGACUGAAAGUUUUUUAUUACAAGUUUUUUGCUUAUCUGUACGGCAUGGCAGGAAAAAGAGCGAACGUGAUUAUGGUCAAUUCAACAUGGACUUUCAACCACAUCGUCAGUUUGUGGGGUGUUCCGGUCAGGACCUGCAUUGUUUAUCCACCUUGUGAUGUUGCAGAGUUCCUAAAAACACAGAUUACCAGCGACGAGAAUAAACCUAAACAGAUUUUAUCUCUCAGCCAGUUCCGGCCAGAGAAGGACCACCCGCUGCAGUUAAAAUCCUUUCAUAAAUUUCUAGCAGGCAUGGAUGAAUCUCAGAGAAGAGACUACAAACUUGUUUUAGCUGGAAGUUGUCGAAACGAAGAUGAUUAUUCAAGAGUACAAUCUCUAAAGAAGCUUGCGGAGGAGCUUGGCAUUCAAAACAAUGUGGAGUUUCGUUUGAACAUUUCUUUUUCUGAACUGAAACAGCUGUUGUCCGAAUCAUUAAUUAGCUUGCAUACAAUGUGGAAUGAACAUUUUGGUAUUUGUGUGGUUGAAGGUAUGGCUGCCGGCACAGUAAUGCUAGCUCACAACUCUGGUGGACCAAAGAUGGACAUCGUCAUCAACCAUAAUGACAAACCAACUGGAUUCCUGGCCUCCGAUGUUGACUCAUACGCCAGCACCAUGAAACAGAUCUUUGCCAUGUCCCCUUCGGAGAGGCUAGAGCUUAGGCUCAAUGCUAGAGAAUCACUGUCCCGGUUUUCAGAGGAGGAGUUUGAGGCUGCGUUCUUAUCUUGUUGUGAACCAUUGCUCAAACCAGUCGAGUCCAGAUGA